AUGAACAAUUCGAUCGUUUCAAUCAACCAAAGUCUAAUCCCUUUCGAUGACACGUACAUACUUUACGAUCCAAAUGACUUUUUAUCUUACGUUUUAGUAUACUUUUCACUUUUACCAAUGCUGAUCUUGGUUUUCUACUUUUCAUGGUUCAUCACUACCAGAGAACUGGAGGCUGUGAUUAUAGCUGGAGGUCAAGUUAUUAAUGAAAUCCUUAAUAACAUUGCCAAAAAUAUCAUCAAACAAUCACGUCCAGCCUUUUUUGGCGACUCCUUUCAAAAAGAUACUAUAAGGUCCGCGUAUGGCAUGCCAAGUGCACACUCCCAAUUCAUGGGAUUCUUUUGCAUGUACUGGUCUCUUAAAGUUCUUACAAACUGGAGAUCUCUUUCAAAAAUCAGAAAGACGUCGAGCAUCCUAAGUUUCAUCACGGCCACUGCGUUAGUUGCCUUAUCGCGUGCUUAUUUGGGAUACCAUUCAGUUAUACAAGUUGUUGCGGGUGUCUUAUUUGGAAGCUUUUUGGGAUCAGGAUAUUUCAUCGCUGUUGCAAUUGUCAGGCAUAUAGGUCUCAUAGAAUGGGUGCUUUCUUGGUCCAUAAUUCGAAGAUUUUGGAUCAAAGACUCGUUCAACAUUGCAUCCCUAAGUCUUGCAGAUGAGCACCAAGCGUGGGAAACCCGCCGCAAAUCUCCCCAAGCAAAAAAAAUGCAUAAGAUAUACAUGAAUAUUAUCGAAAGUUUUGUCUUUACCUUAGCUAUAUAG